CAACGAAAGCUGUUGCAGGCUGCUGCCUCUGGCCGAGGUACACCACAGCUGUCCGAAGUUCGCUUCUCAACGCGGCGCGCUGCGAAGAUCACUACGUACAACGAAGAGGAAGAUCUCGGCUUCAGCGAUGAAGAAGAAGAUACGACACCCAACUAUUACUACACUUACGAGGACGAGGGACCAGCUAUUGACGUAGUCCUCAACCACCGUCUCAAAGAAGGUGCCGAUCCUGCCAGCGCUGACAAGCACGACUUUGAGUUCUAUGUCUGUAUACUUCCGUAUCACGUGCUGCUCUCUUGUCACUGACGAUGAACAGAUCAAAUGGCAAUAUCAAGCACACUACCAUGCGACAUGGGAGCCGUGGGCGACGUUGUCAGCCUACAAAGGCUUCCGCCGCCUCGAGAACUACUUUCGUAAGACUGUCAAGGUCGAGCUCAGCCUGAAGCAAGAUCCGGAUGUUGCUGCUGAAGACAGGGAGAAGUGGAACCUUGACCGAGAGUCCUACCUCGAUUCGCUUAACGACUUCCGACAUGUCGAGCGUGUCAUAGGACGUCGCGAAGAAGAAGGUGUCACACAAUACUACGUCAAGUGGAAAGGGCUGUUCUAUGACUCCUGUACAUGGGAGGAAGAAAGUCUGGUCAGCGAGCUGGCCCAGAAGGAGAUCGAUAGAUACCUUGACCGCUCUACACAUCUCCCGCAAUCGAACCACAGAGAGGCAAAUCUCGCAACGCGCACAGACUACAAGCCGUUCAGGACCCAGCCGGAGUACAUCAAGGGUGGCGAGCUCCGCGAGUUUCAGAUUCAUGGCCUCAACUUUCUUGCGCACCACUGGUGCAAGGGCAACAACGUUAUCCUCGCAGACGAGAUGGGUCUGGGCAAGACCGUGCAAACAGUAUCUUUCAUGGACUGGCUGCGACAUGAUCGAGGUCAGCAAGGACCGUUCAUCGUAGUAGUGCCCCUAUCGACCAUGCCUGCAUGGGCAGACACCUUCAACAACUGGACACCUGACAUCAACUACGUUGUGUAUAGCGGCAAUGAGACCGCGCGAAAGAUCAUCCGUGAAUACGAGCUUCUCGUCAAUGGCAAUCCCCGGAAGGUGAAGUUCAACGUCCUGCUCACCACUUACGAAUACAUCUUGGCCGACUCUGGCUUCUUGUCACAGCUCAAGUGGCAAUUCAUGGCUGUGGACGAAGCGCACCGGCUCAAGAACCGCGAGUCGCAACUGUACGCUAAGCUUAUGGAUUUUGGUGCGCCAAGUCGAUUGCUUAUCACCGGCACGCCUAUGCAGAACACAUUGAGCGAACUGUCGGCGCUCAUGGACUUCCUUAUGCCGGGCAGAAUAAACGUCGAUUUAAAUAUUGACCUGACGUCGGAGGACGCUAGCAAGAAGAUUGCCGAGCUUACAGAUGCCAUCUCGCCGUAUAUGAUUCGCCGCACGAAGCAAAAGGUUGAACAUGACCUGCCGCCCAAGACCGAGAAGAUCAUCCGCGUCGAGUUAUCUGAUGUUCAGCUUGAGUACUACAAGAACAUCCUCACUCGCAACUACGCAGCACUCAACGCUGGCUCUAAGGCGCAGAAGACGUCCUUGCUGAACAUCAUGAUGGAGCUGAAGAAGGCCAGCAAUCACCCGUUCAUGUUUCCGAACGCCGAAGAGCGCUUCCUGGACGGCAAGGACAGUCGCGAGGACCAACUCAAGGCGCUAGUGUCCACCUCCGGCAAGAUGAUAGUACUCGAUCGGCUACUGGCAAAGUUCAAGCAGGAGGGUCACCGUGUCUUGAUCUUCAGCCAGAUGGUGAAGAUGCUUGACAUUCUCGGCGACUACCUGCAGCUGCGCGGCCACCAGUUCCAACGACUGGACGGCACCAUUGCUGCCGGCGCUCGGCGACUGGCCAUCGACCACUUUAACGCGCCUGAGAGCCAGGAUUUCUGCUUCCUGCUGUCCACUCGGGCUGGUGGGCUUGGAAUCAACCUGAUGACUGCGGACACUGUGAUCCUUUUCGACUCCGACUGGAACCCACAGGCUGAUCUUCAAGCUAUGGCCCGUGCGCACCGUAUUGGGCAGAAGAAGCCAGUGACCAUCUACCGCUUCGUCUCCAAAGACACUGUCGAGGAGGAAGUUCUUGAGCGGGCCCGCAACAAGCUCAUGCUGGAGUACAUCACAAUUCAGCGUGGUGUCACCGACAAAGAUGCCCGCGAGCUCGGUGACCGGAUGGCUAAGGUCGGCGCAAGUACCGCCGAGCCAAACUCCUCCGACGACAUCUCUAAUAUCCUCAAGAAGCGCGGCCAGAAGAUGUUCGAACAGUCCGGCAAUCAAGCUAGGCUUGAAUCGCUUGAUAUUGAUGCUAUGCUUGCGAAUGCAGAAGAGCACCGAACCGAGCAACCAGAAGGCAUGACCACGGACGGAGGCGAAGAGUUCCUGCGAAGCUUCGAGUAUACUGACGUCAAGAUCGAUGUCGAGUGGGAGGACAUUAUCCCGAAGGACCAGCUUGCGAAGCUCAAGGAGGAGGAGCGCAAGAAGCAGGAAGAAGCCUACCUUGAGAGCGUUAUCGAGCAGAACCAACCACGCAAGCGUAAGGCGCCCGUGGAUGAAGCGAGAGAACAGCGGGCGGCAAAGAAACGAGCUCGCGACCUUGCUGCCGAAGCUGCUGCGGAUGUUGAGGACGAUAGCGAGUCGGAUCAUGGGCGUGAUCCUCGGCGCCCACUCAGCGAGAAGGAAUGCCGCCUGCUUAUCAACGCAUACGAGCGCUAUGGCUCGAUUGAAGACAGAGAGGAUGAGAUUAUCCGAGCCGCGAGACUUCUGGGUCGGGAUGUCGAUGUCGUCAAGGCUACCCUUCAGGAAGUCGUGGAUACAGCGGUACGCCUGUUGAAAGAAGAGGAGGACCGCGUUACGGAGCUUGAGCGGAGCACUCAGAAGUCGGUCACUAAGAAGGACAAGAAGGCCGUGUUGUUUGACUUCCGUGGCGUCAAGCGCAACAACGCUGGAACGUUGACGGAGCGGCCGAAGGAGAUGCGCAUGAUCCGCGACGAGGUCGACAGCGUUAACGACUGGCGCAACUUCCGUGUCCCGGGGACGUCGAAGCCUGCGAACUACACCGCUGAAUGGGGUGCGAAGGAGGAUGGUAUGCUUGUCGUCGGCAUGGCUCGACACGGCUUCGGCGCGUGGGUUGAGAUUCGAGAUGACCCUGAGCUGGGGCUUACUGACAAGUUCUACCUCGAGGAGCAUCGCGUCGCCAACAAGGAGGACCGUACCAAAGGUGGCGAAGAAAAGCAGGCUCGGUCUCCCGGAGCCGUCCACUUGGUCCGACGAGCCAAUUACCUACUCAGUGUACUGAAGGACAAGACCAGCGGCGGCCAGAACCCACUUGCAAAGAAGGCACUGGAGAACCAUCACCGGAACAACCGCAAGUACAUGGGGCAGUUGCACGGUCAAUAUGGUCGCCUGAGCACACCGACGUACGGAUCCGCCAGCCCAAUGCCCGGCAAGCCGCGUGCCAGCGACGUUGAUGCUCGCCGUCUACAACCACCAGAAAACCGCAAUUCGCUCGACCGGAGACUGCCCUCUCACGGCUCGCCUAACGGUCACGCCAAGCAUCGCUACUCUGAAGAGCGUAAACCACACCAUCAUCGCAAUGGAAGCUCACCGCUGGCGAGCUCGAGGCCCGAAGGCAUGAUGAAUGGGGAUGGCAAGCCACUGACCGAGACCGAUAUCCGCAUUCGCAACUUUCUCAAACCGAUUCGAGAGCGCCUCGAGCUUGUCCACACUGCCAACAAGCGCAAUAUCCCGGACAACGAGAAGCGCCUCAAGAUGAUCAAGCAAGGCCUGCUUGCAAUAGGCACGCACAUCGAGAAGCAAAUAGCUGAGGCCGGCAUGCGAGAUCUGGAAGAGAAGAUCUGGGACUAUGUCUCGGAGCGGCACUGGCCGCAAUCGAAGUCUGUCGAGAAGCGGGUGCCGGGCCCAAAACUUCGCGAUAUGUUCAAGAAGGUUGGAAGCAAGGCCGCCUCGGAGAAUGCGGUCUCGAAGCCAACGCCAGUGAGACCCAAGCCGGAGCAGCCGCCAACACCGUUGUCAGUUAUGAAUGGCUCUGUGAACAAAGAAAGCACAGAAAAGGAUAACAUGGAUAGUCUGGGUGUCAAGAACGUUCCGACUGCGGCAACGAAACUGGACUUGAUGGAGAUCAAGAGCGAGGGUGCAUAGUGUGCUUUGCUUCUCGCGUGUUUAGCGCGUGCUUUCCUUUGCGCGUGUCUUUCUCGGAG